GUGAUUCACCUCCUGCAAAUACGAAAGCACUGCGUUCUAUAUAUAAGCAACAGAUACGGAUAAGCGACUGACUCCCUCUACCGCCUCCUACAACAAACACGAAUGAGCGACCAGUGACUCCUCUGCCAACUGCUUCAACAAACCCAAAAGCAUCAUCUCUCGUCAUGGAGACCUCCCUACCUACUUUCCUAGGCAUCAAGGUUUCUAUAUUAGGUAGCCCCGCUGUAGACGGACUGCCCAAGGAUCAUCACGGGCCCUGCCGAAACCUCUGGCGCAGGCCUCCCGCAACUAGAGCCCAGUUGACUACUUGCCUCAGGCCCCGGGAAGCUAGAGCCCAGUUGCCUACUUGCCUGGUAGGUGGAGAGCGAUUGGCCAAGUAAGCAAACGGCCUGAGUCAUCCAGUACUGCCCACUGCAGUACCACUCUUAUGCAGUGCAGUCAGUCUCUGUCCGUCAAGCGCCGUCUGGAAUCCCGUCAAUGUCGUGUUGAGCCCUCGCAGUAUCGGAAGAAAGACGGUUGCAUUUGCUACGAAAAGAGAAACGACCCCUCCCCUCCCUCCGCUCCGUAGACUCGUCAGCAGCAGCAGCAGCAGCAGCGACACGAAGAAACGAGAGAGAGGAUUGCAACAGUGC